AUCAUAGCAACAUUCAAUAACACAAACUCGUUCAAGCGGUAUCAGUUCCUCACUACUCAAUCCCAAACGGAUCAACCAUGCAGUCCCUCAGUGUGAUUUGUUUCCUGGCUAUGUGCGUCGUGGCCAUCACUAGCGCUUACCCACAGGAACCGGUGCUGGCGGACGAGGCCCAGUCUGUUGCCAACUCUCUUUUUGAUGAACUUCCGGAGGAAUCCUACCAGGCUGCCGUGGAGAACUUGCGCCUCAAGCGGGCCACCUGCGAUCUGCUGAGCGGAUUCGGCGUGGGUGACAGUGCUUGUGCUGCCCAUUGCAUUGCCCGGGGCAAUCGGGGAGGCUACUGCAACUCGAAGAAGGUGUGCGUCUGCCGGAACUGAGCGAAGUGUAGAAUUUGAGCAGAGCGCGGUCAUUUUUGAAAAUAUGUUCCUAUUAAGGUUAAAUUUAACGGGAUUGGUAUGAAUCGAUUUGUACUACUUUGGAUGUGAAUAAAUCUUUC